AUGCAAUGCUUUUUUUUAAUCAAUACCUUCUGUCCAAAAAUAAAUAAUCCAGAAGGUUCUGUAAUUGUUAACAAGAUUAUAUUUGAUUAUAAUUAUCCAGUAAAUCAUAAAUUAGUUGAGUUAGAAAAUGCAAAAAAAUUUACUAAUUUAAUGCUUGAGGAUGUAGUUAAAGCUACCAAUAUUCAACCAUUAGUUAUAUUCACUGACACUGAUUCUGCUGAUAACACCACCAUUUAUCAAUUUCUUACUCUCACAAUAUUAAAAAUACAACUGAAUGAGAUUAAUCAAUCAGUAUAUUAUGUUGCUAAUAAAGUUAUCAGUAUAAAUAUAGAAGGCUUGGAUGAUGAGAAUUUGCAGUUUAGUUUACAAGAACAUAGUGCUAAUGAUUUGCAGACUAUGUUUAAACAAAUGAUUAAGCUUGUUGGAUCAGAUAAUAUUAAGGAAAUAUGGGCUAUUAAUAUUGGCAAUUCAUUAAAAACAAAACACUAUAUUAUAUUAUUGCACAAUAGGUCUUAUUUAUGUUCCUGUCUGUCUAUCAUCCAUCACAAAGAGCCAUUUUUGGCUGCAGAUAAGUUUAGUGAAGAGGUUCAAAAUCAGUUAUGUUGUCCUUCUAUUCAAUACUUGUCCAUUUGUAGCAAGGACAAGUUUGAAAACAAUCAAACAAUUCUAGAACAGAAAGUCAUUUAUAGAAAGCUUCAUGGAAUUUACAAAAAAGCUCUUUGUAAGGCAUUGCAAAAGCAUACAAAAUUUCAACAGUUAAUUAGCUUACUUCAAGAUUUUGUCAAUAAGAGCAAUGAAUCAGAUUUAGACAGUUAA